UUGAGUUUUGGAUCUGCUCCUCUUUACCUUCAUCAUCGUCAUCACCAUGAUGAUAAGCAUCGCUUUGAUCUGGGCAGUCGUGGUUGGAUUUUGCUGCCUCCUGUGGCUUGCUUUGGGGAUCAGACGCAGACAACCUGGUGAACCCGCAGUGGAGAACGGUUUGUUCCCCUACCUGGGCUGUGCUCUGCAGUUUGGGGCCAACCCUCUUCAGUUCCUCCGCAGUCGUCAGAAGAAGUAUGGCCAUAUUUUCACCUGCAAGAUCGCAGGACAGUACAUCCACUUCCUGUGUGAUCCCUUCUCUUACCAUUCAGUCAUCAGACAGGGAAGACACCUAGAUUGGAAGAAGUUCCACUUCUCUACAUCUGUGAAGGCAUUUGGCCACGACAGUUUUGACCCUCGCCAUGGUUACACCACAGAAAACCUCCACCAAACGUUCAUGAAGACCCUGCAGGGGGAAGCGCUGACGUCCCUGAUAGAGGCGAUGAUGGGCCACUUGCAAGAUGUCAUGCUCAAAUCAGACACUCUGGGCUCCAACAAGGACCACUGGCAGGUGGAUGGCAUCUUUGCUUUCUGCUACAAGGUUAUGUUUGAAUCUGGCUACCUGACCCUCUUUGGUAAAGAGCUUGGAGAUGACAAGUGUCAGGCUCAUCAGGCAGCACAAAAAGCUUUGGUCCUCAAUACUUUGGAGAACUUUAAAGAGUUUGAUAAGAUUUUUCCAGCGCUCGUGGCUGGCCUGCCCAUCCAUGUCUUCAAGAGUGCUCACAGUGCCAGAGAGAACCUAGCCAAGACGAUGUAUGCAGAAAACCUGUCCAAGAGGCAUAACAUGUCUGACCUGAUCUCCAUGAGGAUGAUCCUGAACGAUUCCUUGUCCACCUUCAACGACGUGAGCAAAGCUAGGACCCACGUGGCUCUGCUGUGGGCUUCACAGGCCAACACUCUGCCCGCUACCUUCUGGAGUUUCUUCUAUAUGAUCAGGAGUCCAGAUGCUCUAAAAGCAGCUUGUACAGAAGUUCAGACGGUUCUGAGGGACUUGGGUUUAAUUGCUGACCCUGAUGGCCCCAUACUCAACCUGACCAAAAACCAGCUGGACAACAUGCCAGUCUUAGACAGCAUCAUAAAGGAAGCCAUGCGUUUGUCCAGUGCUUCAAUGAAUGUCCGAGUUGCCAAAGAAAACUUUCUGCUCCACCUCGACAACCAAGAAGCUUACCACAUCAGGAAAGAUGAUGUCAUCGCCUUGUAUCCACCUAUGCUGCACUUCGAUCCAGAGAUCUACGAGGAUCCCUACGAGUACAAGUUUGAUCGUUUCCUGGAUGAGAAAGGUCAAGAGAAAACCACAUUUUACCGUAACGGCCAGCGACUGCGCUACUUCUACAUGCCCUUUGGCUCCGGGGUCACAAAAUGCCCCGGAAGAUUUUUUGCUGUGUGUGAGAUCAAGCAGUUUCUGACUCUGAUGCUUUCAUACUUUGACAUGGAGCUAUUGGACCCUGCCACCAAAGUUCCUCCGUUAGACCAGUCUCGAGCUGGCCUGGGAAUCCUGCAGCCCACCUAUGACGUGGACUUUAGGUACAAGCUGAAACCGAAGCACUAGGCUCAGCCUCGGAUGGACAGAAGCCCUGAAUGACUUCCUGUAAAUAGUGUAAAUUAAAAUACCCAAUCAUGUCUGUAAAUACCGUAAGAGUGAAAAUUUGUUUUAGUAGCUUUUAUUUUAUAAUGCUAAAGGAAACAUUCUUUUGAUUUAUAGUAGGAACCUUCAGAAAUAAUAAAAUAAAAGGUUGUUCUAAGUAAACUUUACAUUAGGCAAAGUGUUUUAAAGAGUGCAAAAAUUAAAAUAAUACAAACCCAAAACUGUAGCAUUCAAAAUAGUUCCCUUUUCUUUUA